GUUGUUAUUGGGAUAAAAUAUAGUCGGCUGGUUGAAAAAUAGACCAGAGUAAAUAAGAAAACAAGAAGAUAUCUUUACGAAACAAGUACGAAUAAUUGUAUCUCAGAUCCACAGAGGUGUCAUCAGUGUUGAACUAUUCAUGUAUUGAACCGCCAUGGCUGCUCCCAUUAGUGGUAUUCAGGGCCAACUUCUUGAAGUCACAGUUGUUGGAUGCAAUAAGUUGAAAGAUACAGAAUGGUUUUCUAGGCAAGACCCAUAUGUUUGCUUGGAAUACGCUAGCUCUAAAUUCCGCACUCGUACUUGCACAGAUGGUGGGAAAAACCCCACGUUUCAAGAGAAAUUCGUGUUUACUUUGAUUGAAGGAUUGAGGGAGUUGAAUGUUGUUGUCUGGAACAGCAAUACACUGAGCUAUGAUGACUUUAUCGGCUCCGGAAAGGUUCAGUUGCAAAAAGUUCUUUCCCAAGGAUAUGAUGAUAGUCCUUGGUCAAUUCAGACUAAAACCGGAAGGCAUGCAGGAGAGGUCCGACUAAUACUACACUUUUCAAAUGCCAAUAAGCCUCCAAAGAAUCAUGCUGCUUCAGCACCAUAUUCAGCAUCACCUGUACCACCGGCACACACAUACGCUCAGCCAGCCUCGUCAGCUCAUUACCCCCCACCAGCCUCAUCAGCUCAUUACCCCCAGCCAGCCUCAUCAGCUCAUUACCCCCCACCAGCCUCAUCAGCUCAUUACCCCCCACCAGCCUCAGCAGCUCCAUAUCCACCUCCAGCGUCAGGAUAUCCUUAUCCCUCUACUCCAUAUCCUCCUCAUUCAGCCGCCUACCCUCCUCAACCAUAUCCGCCACCUGCUGGGUAUCCUCCUACACCAUAUCAACCACCUGCUGGGUAUCCACCACCUUCCCAGCCCUCAAACCAUUAUCCUCCAGGCCCAUAUCCAGGAACCUAUCGUCCACCAUAUUGAUAAAAAAACUUGUGGAUGAAGGAAUGAAGCAUCAUUUAAAAAUCUUCAAGACUUAUCUUCAGGUUCAAUAUGCAAUGCAGAUAAAAGGAGAAUAGUAUGUGCACAAACUUUCAUCUGUGGCAUAUCACAGACCGGUUUGCUACUUGUGUAGUCUCUCGUGAAAUUUUUUUUGCUUCCGGUUUGCUACUUGUGUAGUCUCUCGUGAAAUUCUUUUUGCUUCUGGUUUCGUUUUGAACAUAAUCUUUUUAGCAAGCUCUCAUGUGGAUAAUGAAUUUUUAAAAUUGGGUGGUUCUUUAUCCUGUA